UUAUACACCUCCGAUGUAAUGUGAAGAACCUGCGUUGAUCACGCAUGCGCACAGUGAAAACGCGCAAGAUGUGGAUCGCUCGGUAAAGCGGACAGCGUCAAAAGCAAAGCCAAACACCGCUAGCUCAAACCCGACUGGAAGCGCAUUAUGAGGUUCCCUAACAGAAGACUCCACACGGCGGUGGAUGGAGAAGAAGACGCGGGCGUUUCUGCACACUUCAGAAAUCCUUUCGUGCACGAGUUGAGAUUUACUCCUCUGCAGAAACUCAAGAUAGCAGUGAUGACCGUGACGCUUUUCCCUGUUCGUCUGCUCUUUGCUGCAUUCAUGAUGUUGCUGGCCUGGCCCUUUGCAUUCGUGGCUACUGUUGGCCGUUCUGAGGAUGCAGUUGAACCUCUAUCCUGGUGGAGGUGGCUGGUAGAUCUGGUCCUGAAGGUCAUCAUGAGAGCCAUGUGGUUUUCUGGAGGGUUUCACUGGGUCCGUGUGAAGGGCCGGCCUGCACUGCCUAGUGAAGCACCAAUCCUCACAAUGGCCCCUCACUCAUCUUACUUUGACGCCAUCCCUGUCACAAUGACGAUGGCUUCUAUAGUGAUGAAGGCUGAGAGUAAAGAUAUUCCAGUCUGGGGCACUCUUAUCAAAUUCAUCCGGCCCGUGUUUGUGUCCCGCUCGGAUCAGGACUCUCGGAGGAAGACCGUCGAGGAGAUCAAACGCAGAGCUUCUUCUAAUGGCGAAUGGCCUCAGAUCAUGAUAUUCCCGGAGGGCACGUGCACCAAUAGAUCCUGUCUCAUCGCAUUUAAGCCCGGUGCGUUUAUCCCUGGAGUUCCCGUGCAGCCUGUGCUGUUGCGGUAUCCUAAUGAGAUGGAUACAAUCUCAUGGACGUGGCAAGGGCCUGGAGCGUUUAAGAUUCUAUGGCUCACAUUAUGUCAGCUACAUAACUCUGUUGAAAUAGAGUAUCUUCCUACAUACACCCCUUCAGAGGAGGAGAAGAAGGAUCCAGCCCUGUUUGCCAACAAUGUGAGACGUAUCAUGGCCAAGGCCCUUGGGUCGCGCAUUAUUGAUUACUCCUUUGAGGACUGCCAGCUUGCUAUGGGCAAAGGGCCUCUGCGAUUGCCCAAACACACCUGCUUGCUGGAGUUUGCCAGACUGGUACGAUGUUUAGGGCUGAAGACGGGAGUCACUGAUGAAGUCCUGCACGAGGAAGCCUCUAGGGCCCGUAAACUGUGUGGAAAUAGACUAGACAUGGAGGGAUUUUCUCAGUACCUCAACCAACCCAUGACAGAAGCAGUACAAGACGUCUUCUCACUUUUUGAGGAGCAGGGCAAGAUGGAUGUGAGAGAAUAUGUCAUCGCCCUGUCUGUGGUCUGUAGACCUUUCAGAUAUCUGGAGACCAUUUAACUGGCAUUCAGGAUGUUUGAAGCACAGGAGGAUGGAGCAGUUGUAGAAGAUGACUUGGCCGUCAUUCUGAAAACUGCUCUGGGGAUUGGAGAUUUUGCUGUUUGCGACCUUUUCAGGGCCAUAGAUUGUCAAGACAAAGGAAAGAUCACAUUUGAUGAUUUUUGCCGGUUUCUGGAGAGCUGUCCUGAUUUCGUGGCGCAGUACCACUGUCUCAGUGAGCCGAUCCCUCAACCCUCCAGAGAAUCCACAUCACCCUCAGAGUCUCAGCCUUCAACUAAUGGCUUCUGUGCUGACUUCAGCCCUCCAGAUCACAGCACUCGCAGCACUGCACACAGCAAGAAACAGAACUAAAAGCAGCUUUUACUAUCACAGCCUGUCACCCUCGGUGUGUGAGGGUGUUUGUGUGUGCACGUGUGAACGUCUGUGUGCAGGAGAGGUGAUGACAGACCAUAUCUUUAAGUUGAAUUGGGAUUUGCAUCUGUGUACAUUACCCCAGGGAUUCUUCCAGAGUUCUGUUCAAAAUCCUUCAGUUAUUUAUUUGUUUAUGCCCCCGAAGAGCCUGUCUUAUGAAUGGAAACAAAAGUGACUACAUUUUUUAGAUUUUAAUGGUUUUCUAUAUAAAGUGCUGUUUGCUUUAUAAGAUGAGCGUGUGGUUUUAAUAUACGCAAAAAAAAAAAAAACUUUUUUGCUGAAAGUCUAUGCUGAUGUUCUUCAGGGUGAGAUGCAAUAUUAGCGAUGAUGCGGUAUUACAACAUGUACCACAUGCAUAACAAAUAAAUUAGUAUAAAGAAGAUUUGAGUGAAACUGUAAAA